AUGGAUCAAGAAGAGUGUAGUGAAAUAAAGGAAGAAGAUAAAAGGUGGAUACCAUCAAGGGAAAGAUGCACAAGAAUUAACAUUGAUGCAAUAGUACAAAAAUCAAAAGAAAAAGUUGGAUGGGGUAUAGUAGCUAGAAAUUUUGAGAGAAAGCUCAUCAUGGCAUGGGCAAUGCCAAACAAAUAUCUCUCAGUACUAGUGGUGGAGAAAGCACUAGCCAUACAAAUGGCUUUGAUAAAAGCAAAACAGAAAGGAUGGAAGGAAAUAGAGAUCCAGUCAAAUUGCAAAACUAUAAUAGGGAAGCUACAAGAAGACUCAGUUGAGGAUGUCAACUGUGCUACAGUUUUGGAGGAUAUUAUAAAGCUAUGGAACGAGUUUGAUGUUUGUCAUUUUUCUUUCAUUAGAAGAAUAGGCAAUGUAGUUAGUCAUAUGUUGGCAAAAUUCGCCAUGAACUUGAUCACUAAUGUAACCUGGGAAAGAGACUUCCCAACUUGGCUCAAUAUGUCAGCCAAGAAAGACAGGACAAAGCAGUUGAUCUGA